CUCUAUUCUUGACUCUGAGGCUCAUACAGCCCAGGCUCACGACUCGCUCCGGGGAUCAUCAUGGAAGAAGAUGGCAUCAACGGCCUCCAGGACGCCGAGAUUCCCAGACGCAGCGACGUCAAAGUCUACAAGGAGUUCUGUGAUUUCUACGUGCGCUCCAACAUGACGAAUGCGUUAGCCAAUGCCAUCUGUGAGCGCUGUAAGGCGAGCUUCACGCCGACAGAGAAGAUCGUGAACAGUAAUGGUGAGCUGUACCACGAGCAGUGCUUCGUCUGCGCGCAGUGCUUCCAGCAGUUCCUCCAGGGACUCUUCUAUGAGUUUGAGGGGAGAAAAUACUGCGAGCAUGACUUCCAGAUGCUGUUUGCUCCGUGCUGUCACCAGUGUGGCGAGUUCAUCAUUGGUGUGAUAAAGGCCAUGAACAGCAGCUGGCACCCGGACUGUUUCUGCUGUGAUCUGUGCCAGACUGUGCUCGCAGACGUGGGCUUCGUGAAGAACGCAGGCCGACACCUGUGCCGUCCGUGUCAUAAUCGUGAAAAGGCUCACAGUCUGGGGAAGUACGUGUGCCAGAAAUGUCAAGCCAUUGUGGAUGACAUCCCGCUGAUUUUCAAGAAUGACCCGUACCAUCCUGACCACUUCAACUGCAAUAACUGUGGGAAGGAGCUGACGGCCGAGGCCCGGGAACUGCGGGGGGAGCUCUACUGUCUGCCAUGUCAUGAUAAGCUGGGUGUGCCCAUCUGCGGCGCCUGCAGGAGACCCAUCGAGGGCCGCGUGGUCAACGCCAUGGGCAAACAGUGGCACGUGGAGCAUUUCGUGUGUGCUAAAUGUGAGAAACCUUUUCUUGGUCAUUCGCAUUAUGAGCGCAAGGGCCUGGCAUACUGUGAGACUCACUACAACCAGCUCUUCGGAGAAGUCUGUUACCACUGCAACCACGUCAUCGAGGGAGAUGUGGUGUCUGCACUGAACAAGGCCUGGUGUGUGAAAUGCUUCGGCUGCUCCACGUGCAACUCCAAGCUGACCCUCAAGGACAGAUUCGUGGAGAUGGACCUGAAGCGAUUGUGUAAGCACUGCUACUGACAGCGUGCGGGAUUUGAGCUCAAGAGACGCCUGUCCAAACAAGACUCCAAAGACAUGAGGAAGAAGAAGAUGCCCAUCUGUCUGUGACAUGUCUCUGUUUCAGCGAGGAUGUUUAGAUCUGCUGAGACGUUCCUGCAGCCGAAAACCAGACAUCCGGCAUCUGACUCUGGAGAGUCUCAUCAGUUCCGAUGCGUGUUGUAGUUUGAUAAAUAAUGAAUAAAGGAAUAGUGUGUA